AUGGGCGUUAUCCAAUCAAAAUCAGAAUAUGGCAAUGGACAAGGAACAAGCAGCGCUACAACAACAAAGCUUUCACUUCAUGGCGGCGGUUCUUCGUGUUAUUACCCUUCUUCAACAACAAGAGGAACUCUAAACUCCUCAACACGUCGUUCUCGUUUCCGAACACUACGUAAUCGUCUCUCAACGUCCUCGUCACAAACGAACGACAGCUCGUCGUCAGACACUUAUCGCUUCGCGGACGGAAGACGAUUCUUGGACUCUUCGAAGAAUGCUAAUUCUGUCAGGAGUACCUCGGACUAUUAUAUGACCAUGACAAGGGGUUCUGUUGGUAUUGGUGCUGACACGAAAGAAAACAAUAAAAACAGCAACAGAAUACAAAUUAUCGAAGACGUGGAGAAGUUGAAGCAACAACAUCACCUGUUUAAACGUGUUUGGAAUGGGAAUUACUCUGCACCUGUGAAAAUGAGGCUUAGAGACGGUGCAGCCAAAGUUUUGGAUGUUGGGUGUGGAACAGGAACAUGGGUAUUGGAAAUGGCAAAAGAUUAUCCCGCAUCAGCGUUCACAGGCAUCGACUUGGCUCCAGUGUUCCCGUCAUCCUCACCUAACAGCAACAAUAGUACGUCGUCAACAGAGAAGAAGUUGAUGAAUGUGCGAUUCUUACAAUGUGAUGUGUUGGAUGGCUUACCCUUUCCAGAUAAUACAUUCGAUUACAUUCACAUGCGCCGCAUGAUUACCAGUUUCAAAGAACAAGAAUUUCAAGAUAAAAUUCUUCCAGAGCUGGUGCGCGUACUGCGACCAGGUGGAUGGGUGGAAAUCGUGGAGAUUGAUAAUGAAUUGUGCAAUGGCGGAACGAUCGCUACUCGAUUGACUACUGCGCUGUAUGAUUAUCUGUACACUCAUGAAGUAAUCGCGCAAAUUAGCACUCUAAUCCCGAAACACAUGGAAUCGACAAAAGGAUUAUCGAAUCUUCAGAUCCUUGAAAAAUCGUGUUUCUUGGGAAAGUGGGCCGGAAAACUCGGUCAAUUGGCACUUGAAGACGUGACAAAAUCAUUCAAAUCACUUCGUCAGCCUUUAUCCAAAGACCUACACAUCACCACCAAAGAAUACGACGAAUUAGUACGACAAUUUAACAAAGAACUCGAGCAGUCGCAUAGGACAAUAUCAAAGAUGUGGCGGUUUUUCGCGCGGAAAAGUGUGGCGGAUAAUGGUGUGGUAUCUGUUAACACUGAUGAUGUCACGUUUGAGACGAAGACAUCGACUACCACAAAUUAG